AUGGAGGCCGCUACCCAGACUGGCAGGGCGCCCCUUGUUUCAAGUAUAUAUUCCGGAUGGUACGACGCCCCCAAUGGAAAGCGCUACUUUGGCCGGGGUGUUGUGAGUGAAGUUGGGAUCACUCAUGACGGCAGCACCUAUGUCAAGGUCGAGCCACAACUUGUACGCGACACCUUGCCCAGCAAACGAUAUCGCUUCUCCGACCCCAUCAGCUUGGAGGACAUGCCAUUCAACCAGUACCCAUUGGACCCCACUGUCCUCGUGCGGGAGGCAAGAGAGUUCAAUAUACCCAGCCCACAGCGCUUUCUCCUACGAAAACCUGGCCUGGGCCCUGGCGACAUUGGCCCCGGUUGCUAUAUGUCUUCAAGAGGACUGGAUCAUGCCGGCAUGGGGAAGAUUGUUAGUGUUAGGCCUGGCACGGAGGUGGAAGGCGAUGCUCAUUACGGCUACUACGACAUAGAGCCAGCGCAGGUGCCCUCGGCCGGCGGAUUCUUCGCAUGGGAGGGAUUAACCAAUGUGAGCAUUGCGGACGAGGAUCUACCGCGGUCGCCAUACUCGGGGAGCGCGGAGACACAGCGCCGCCUGAAUCCAGAGCGUCCCAGGCGAGAAGUGCACACUAAUCUUGUGCGACACUGGUAUGGAAAGCUCCCGGCAAUUAAUUGGGGAGUAGAGGUGAGCAAAACGAGGCAGCCGCCACUGGGCACGGAGUGCACGGGCGCUUACAUUGCGCCUGACGGACAGUGGUUUGCUGGAGUGGGCAAGAUUGUUACUAUUGGGUUUAUUCGCCAGGUUGGCGGAAUAACAAGAUGGUAUGUAUAUGUUGAGCCAACAGGGAAGACUGGGGGAGAUUACGACUUCUUCCACCCUAUUACCCGCGAGUGGAUGGAUGAGCUCCCAAGCAACCCUAUCCCAGGUGUCCAGUGCAGUAUAGCCCAGCGCAUGCUGCUUAAAACUCUUCGCUGGCGUAACUUACCCCUUAUUCGUUGCCAACCUAAUAUUGGCGAAGAAUACCACGGCCGCUACUGUCCGCCCAAAGCACCCAAGCGAGACGUGUACGUUGGCGUUGGCAAGGUGGUCAAGACCGGGGUGGACAAUAAUAAAAUCUGGGUGGAGGUUGUCCCUAUUCCUAGCAAGCGUGACGAGCUGAACUACAUGUUCUGGGACCCCUGGAGCGGCAAGAAAAUGCCCUCGCAGUACUGGCCAACUGAGUGA